AAAUUAGUCAUCAUGAAUCAAUCUAUGGCUAAAUUGUAUUCUCAAGAUGGAACAGGAAGAGAUUCUUACAUCUUUUAUGAUAACGGAGGCUUUUAUCCUGGUGAUUUCAAAUUAUAAAAAACGCCAUAACAUUAAAGCUGUAAUUAUAAUUCUAAAAUUCUCAGGGGCUUACGGUACAUACUCUCCUUAAAAAACUCAUUUCAAACCUGAAAAACGAUAAUUUUAUAUUAGCGAUGGCACUGGAAGAGAUACAUAUGUAAUUAGAAAUGUAAAAGAUAAAGCAUUUUUUUCUCCUGACUUUUCAUUUCAAUUAAGAAAAUAUGAUUCUCAAAUUAUGAAUCCUUAAUAUCCAUAUAAAUUACCUCCCUUAAAGCAGGCUUAAUUAUCUAUUAAAUCUGAUAAGCAGAAAUCAUUAAUAUAGAGGCUAGCAAAACCAAAACUUAGAACUCAAAAUGAUUGA